AUGAUCGACUCCGCAGCAAUGAGCGGAAUCCCGGUCGCCGAGGACAACAUCAUCAACCGGCGUGGUGGAGAAUCAAUCUACCAAAGCUGUGUGAACCUUAAGCGCCGGCUAUCGGAAGUCCCUAGUUUCGAGCCUUAUCUCUUGGAGAUGGCCGCGGAAGAUGAAUCGCGGGGAAACACAGAUCCAGUAUCUUCGUUGUGGAACUGUCUUCGAAAUGGCUACCCAUUGUUGAGUAUCUAUAAUGCGUCUGGACCGGAUGAGGAGUUGGUAGUCGACCCUGCCAAGGUGCCCGAGGCGAAGCGUCCCAAGGCCGCAACUUUCAAAUUUUUGCAGGCCUGCUUGCAGGAUCUCGCCUUCCCCCAGCAAGACUGCUUCCUGAUCACCGACCUCUAUGGCGAAAGCACAACGGGUUUUAUUAAGGUGAUUAAGAUGGUGAAUCGCGUGGUGGACAUCCUUGAAAUGCAGGGCCAACUGAAGCGGCCGGAAGUGACAGAUGCUCCAGUGGGCGCACAGGGAGUUGUGAAGCUUACCAAGCGUGAGCACAUUCUCAAGGAACUGUUGGAGACUGAGCGCGAUUACGUCCAUCACCUGCAGAAUCUCCAAGCACUUAAGAAGGAAUUGGAGGAGACAGGUGCUCUUACAGGUGAUGCUAGCCAUCAAAUCUUCCUGAACCUUAACAAUCUCCUGGAUUUUGCCCAGCGAUUCCUGAUUCGAAUGGAGCAACACUAUGCCCUGCCAGAAGAAAUGCAGAACUGGGGCCAUCUCUUUUAUUCAGAUGAAGAAGCCUUUCGGCAGUACGAACCAUUCAUCGCCAACCAAAUGCGGUGUGAUGAAGUUUGCAUACAGGAGUGGGAUAAGAUCCGGACAUCACCACGUCAUCCAGAUCUCAUGCAGAUGGUUGCGCAACCCAAAACCCUGAAUGGAUUCUUCGUCAAGCCCUUCCAGCGGUUGACCAGAUAUCCGCUUAUGUUGUCGGAAUUGCGCAAACAAAUGGAAGACCCCCAACUCCACGCCGACAUCACCCACGCUAUUGACGCCAUUCAAAAUACGCUGGACUCAGCAAACGAUGCGAUCCACAAGGAACAACUGGCUGCAGCGGUUGUGGACCUGUCAGAGCGCGUAGAUGAUUGGAAGUCAUUGAAGAUGGACUCCUUUGGAGACCUCCUUCGUUUUGGCACGUUCGCAGUGGUUAAAGGAGACAGUGGCAAGGACAGCGAGCGAGAGUAUCACAUCUACCUGUUCGAACGCAUUCUCCUGUGCUGCAAAGACAUCAACCCGAACAAGCAGAAAACCAAGCUCAUGAUGAACAAAGACAAGCCCUCCCUCACAGCGAAGGGCAAGGCUCGGCUUCAAUUGAAGGGUCGAAUCUAUAUGGCGAAUGUCACGGAUAUCGUUUGUCUUCAGAAGCCUGGCCUCUACCGUAUCCAAAUCUUCUGGAAAGGUGACCCCGGUGUCGUCGAUAACUUCAUCAUUCGUUACGUGAAUGAAGACGCCAUGCGGAAUUGGUAUAAGGAAAUCGAUACCCAACGUACAAUCCAAUCGGAGCGCCGGACACUUCGCAACACCGGCACUUCAGACAGCGAGUUCACCUACAUGGAGGGCAUGGCCCAUAUGCCUAAUCCAUACCAGCAAGAGUAUGACGUCGAAGAUACUCCUAAGGAUGGUAAUUACUACUCCGAGUUCCCCAUGAGUCGAAAUGCAUCCAGUACCAGUUUGAGGACUCGAUCCGCUACCGGAGGCAGUACUGGUUCUGUACCCCACUCCAAUGGCAGGCCGCGCUAUGCUGGGGAUCCAGCGCUUUCUGUGCAUACCCAAUUCCCUGGUGCUGGCAACAUGUCCCCAAGUGAUCGGAAUAUGAACUCGUAUUUCUCGCCCGCGGAAACCCCUUCCACACGAUCCAGCUCCCAAUCUACUGGGUUUUCGUUCGGACGCCAAAAUACCAACUCGACAACUGCAUCAAGUGUGUGGAAUGAAGAUUCUAAUCGCUACACUGCCCCUGCUUUGUCUCGUGGAGCCUCAAGAGAUGGAACAACCCCAACAGGGUACUUCCCUCCUCAGACUAAUGGAAGGAGUGCUCAACGCCCGUCGUUGCCCCCCCUCUCGGGACCACAGGCAUCUUCGAAUGGAACUGCCCAACGGAUGCGUUCAGCCAGCAGUCCCGACAUUCACCAUCACAACAACGCCCCUCCGGAUUCUCGGCGGUAUAUGGGAGUGCACACUAUGCAAACAGUGGACAAUGUUCCGGUGCCGCCAAUUCCUGCACAUAUGGCCAACAUGAAGGCGCCGGUCAACCGAAGCCAGAACAAUUCCCCUACCAAUAGCCAGCUCCCUAUCCGCCCUACAGCUCAUCAUGCUCACACGACCCAUUUCACCGAGCCGGAGUACAACGAAUCUCGUGCCUCGGGGCAGGUCUCCGACCAGGCGACAUCUCCCUUAAGCCAAGAGCCCGAUGGAGACUCGUAUAUGCCAACUCAGCUCAAGGCAAAGGUGAAUUUCGACGACAAUUAUGUCACGUUGGUGAUCGCAACCAACAUCUUGUUCCGCUCGCUUACAGACCGUGUGGAUGCCAAGCUGGCCCGAUUCACCAAUCGAUCCAUCGGCAACAAGACUGUUCGUUUGCGUUACCGUGACGAAGAUGGAGAUUAUGUCACGAUUGACAGCGAUGAGGCUGUUCAGCUUGCCUUCAUAGAAUGGCGUGAGCAGCACCGUGACAUGCUUGCCAAGGGCAUGGUGGGCGAGAUCCAGCUGUAUUGCCAGGUGGUUGACUAA